AUGUUCGCGCGUUUCAGCCGCGCGUUUAACUGUUCGUUGCCGAAAUGCGGGACUUUUAAUUUCCCAGGGAUGGAGAAGCCCGAGUCCUCCACCGGGGACGAGACCAACGCGGAUCUCGAAGACAGGGAUCCCAAUAGCCUCAACCAACAUCUCCAGGUGAUGUGGGACGACGUGAUCGGGGAACCGGAAGGAAUACGCAGCCCCGAGUGCGCGUGGCGGCUGAGCCGGCACUGUUUCCGGUUAUCCAGGGGAUGCUGCUACGUGUUGCUCUCGGUUAUCGUCGCCCCGGUGUUCGCCGUUUGCCUAGGCUUCUCGUUCGCUUGCCUCGCGUUUCAGCAUAUAUGGUGCGUAGCGCCUUGCCUCCGCGUCUGGAAAAUAACCUGCGCAGCGACCAGAAACUUUCUCGUCGCUUUGACGCAGGCCAUCGUGCGACCCUUUACGGACUCCAUCGGCUACUUGUUCCACAAUAUUCGAGUGUACAAUCAGAAACUACCGGACGGUCCUGCUCAGAGAGACGACCUUCUCCUCAUUUGA